AUGUUCAGAUGCAUCUUGGAUGUGGAAAAUGGUGCUUUGUGGCCUUUACAGGUGAUAGCAACCCGCCUAACAACGGUGCCAUCGAUGUCGCGGGAUGAUGAAUUAGCGGCUGAAGAGUUAUCUUUUGUUGGAUUCAACCAGGAUGCUACAUCACUUGCUUUGGGUGCAGCAUCCAGUUAUGCGUUGUAUUCGAUCAAAAAAACUGAUAAACUUGACUUAAUUCACGAAAGUUACAGACAGUUUUCAGAUGACAAGAAGAAGAAUGUAGAAGUUUGCGAGAUUAUGCUUAUUGAGCGUCUCUUUUCAUCCAGUCUUUUAAUGCUGGUGUCGACGCAGGCACCACGUAAGCUACGGAUUUAUCACUUCCAGAAAAACAAUGAGAUUUGUGCUCAAAGCUACACAAAUACAGUACUAGCAGUGAGAUUAAACCGUGACUAUAUGGUUGUUUGUUUGGAAGACAUAGUAUAUAUUCAUACGGUUAAAGAUAUGAAGGUGAUUUUUUUUUACUUUGUUUUUUUUCUUUGCAGCACGUAUGUGAAGUUUAUUUUAAUUUCCAAUAAGCUUAUCCUUAAAAUUCCAAAAAUUCAUAUAUGCAUGAAUAGUUGCAAAUCAAAUUAUUAAUUCACCAGCAGCUGAACCACU